GCACAAUCAAAAGAUUCUCGAAUAUUUUAAAAGAAAGAAUCUUUAAGUAUCUUAAGGUCUUAGAAUAGGGUGUGAAUAAUCCAAACUGGGAAAUAUCCUCUCAAAGUCUUUUUUUGCUAUCCUUAAAAGAGAUUCUCUCAAGCCACACGUACAACAGUAGAUUAGAUAGAAUCUCCAUUUACCUAAAAAUAUCCGAAAGAAGAUUCUGAAGCAGAGAAAGAGAAAGAAAAAACAAGAUGGCGACGGACUUCAAAUCCUUACCAGUCAUCGACAUAGCUCCUUUACUGCUCAAGUGUGAUGAUCCCGACAUGACGGAGGAUGCCGGAGUUGUUGAGGUUGUCCGGCAACUGGACAGAGCUUGUCGGGACGCCGGAUUCUUCUACGUGAUAGGACAUGGAAUUUCAGAGUAUUUAAUCAAGAAAGCCAGAGAGAUCACACGUGAGUUCUUCAAGCUUCCUUAUGAAGAUAAACUGAAGAUCAAGAUGACUCCAUCUGCUGGAUACAGAGGAUAUCAAAGAAUUGGAGAAAAUGUAACAAAGGGAAAACCAGAUAUUCACGAAGCCAUUGAUUGUUACAGAGAGUUUAAGCAGGGGAAGUAUGGGGAUUUAGGAAAACCUAUGGAAGGGCCAAACCAGUGGCCAGAGAAUCCUCAAGAGUUCAAAGAGUUGAUGGAUGAGUAUAUUAAGCUCUGUACAGAUCUUUCAAGAAAGAUCUUGAGGGGAAUUGCAUUAGCUCUUGGAGGAUCACCUUAUGAGUUUGAAGGAAAGAUUGCUGGAGAGCCUUUUUGGGUGAUGCGUCUUAUUGGCUAUCCAGGUGCUCCGUUUACAAAUUGCCAGCCUAAAAAUGAUAUUGGAUGUGGAGCACAUACUGACUAUGGCUUGUUAACUCUUGUAAACCAAGAUGAUGACAAAGCUGCUCUCCAGGUGAGAAACUUGUGCGGCGAUUGGAUAUCAGCGAUUCCCAUCCCUGGAUCAUUUGUCUGCAACAUCGGUGACAUGUUAAAGAUACUUUCAAACGGAGUAUACGAAUCCACACUUCACAGAGUGAUCAACAACUCUCCUCAGUACCGUGUCUGCGUUGCAUUCUUCUAUGAGACUAAUUUCGACGCGGUCGUGGAGCCAUUGGAUAUAUGUAAACAGAUGUACCCUUCAGGGAGAGGAGAAGCUCAAGUUUUCAAAAGUGCUGUCUACGGAGAGCAUCUGGUAAGCAAAGUCCAGACAAACUUUGCAAUGUAAUGAAACAUAGAAGAUCUCUCACCUUCUUUGUACACAAACGUCAACUUCGCCUUCAGGUUUGGCUUGUAAAACUUAUGAAUAAGGGCUUCCUGACGUCGGUGUGUUAUCAAUUAAUACCGUUGAUUUGACAAACAAAAACUGAAACGUGGGGAUGAAGGUUAAACUCCAUUUCUACUAUUAAUCAAAACUGACAACAUUUUGUCCGCAUUUGAAUUUCAAACACGAAUAAAUCACUACAACUAUUAAACGUUUCACAUCGAGUAUUUUUUUGAUAAAUAUUUUAGAAAUGUAUUAUUAAAUGAUCUAAAUAAUCAGCAAUCAUGAGUAGUUAGCAUGAUUUACUUUUUAUUCGAUUUAAUCCAGUUAUUUGAUUGAACUGUAUAAUUAGUAAAAUAUAUUUUUAUCUG